UGCACGCGAUUGUUAGAGUUGAUGAGAUGGUGGUGUUAUUUCUUUUGUUUAAAUUUUAAACUUGAAGGAAUCAUGGUUCGAUUUAAUUAUACCAUUAUGGUGGCGAGACAUUAAAGUAUUUGUGGGUGUCAAUAAUUUGCUUAAAUGUAGUGUGGAUAUUUUGAGGACCUUGGUGGUGGCGUAAAUUGUGAAAGGUACUGUAGGCUCUGGUCAAUGGAAUUCUAUGACCAGUUUAGUAUUAUUUUCAAAUCUGGACCACUCAUUAUUUUAUUGGAAUAUCCAAAUGAUAAACUAUUUAUGUUAGAAGACUUUCUCAAAAAAUGAACGCACAUAGUGAACAAAAUGGCCGCCACGUACCGGUGCAAGCUGUUCCUACUACUGCACUGACGGAUCCCCGUACGCGUAAUUCGCCUACAGAUAAAAACCGGGUUUGUAGGGAUUACGUUUGGGGAAUUUGUAAUAAGUAUGGGCAGUGUAAAUACCGCCAUGAGUGUUCGCUGGAGGACAUGAAAAAAAUUAUACGGUUCUGUCAUAAUUUUCAAAACAGAACAGGAUGCGUACGGCCUGAUUGUACCUAUCUGCACACAUCCAGCGAAGAGGAGAACCUAUUUCUGACAACAGGGAAGCUCCCAAAAGUUCUUCUGGAUAGGCACACUGCCAUGAAUGCCGCAGCCGCAGCAGCAAGUAGCGUCGCGAGCAGCUACAAUCCGACGCCAUCCGUGAGCUUCAUGUCGCCGCCUCCGCCACCACCGCUCCCGCCGCCUCAGACGGUGCCGUCGGUGAUGCCACCACCGCCUCCGCCACCACCACCGCCUCCACCACCAAAUGAACCUGCAGCAGUGCACCCGGUCCCCACAUUACCCACAUUAUAUGCUGCACCACCACCUCAAGCACCUCCAAAUUUCCAAACAACCCAACCGCCUCCAUUUCUGCCACCCAUUUUUGACGCUAGUAGACCACCACCUCCAUUACCAGCAACAGUAAAAAAUGGCACAAUGAAAAGACCUAAUAGUGAUGCCAGCGAUGCUGGCCCAAGCAAAGUAAGGAAAUUGGACGACGCGAAGCCUGACAAAAUGUGUGAACAAUGCAUACAACGAGAGUUAAGCAGCGAACUAUGUAUGCAAGAAAUAGAAAAGUUAAAUCGACAACAGGAAUAUAAAAAGCUGCUAUACAAAACCAAAGUCCAAGAGUUGGAUAAUUUGAAGGCCAUGCUAAGGUUCCUACUGCCGCCGGAUAUUUGUGUCGCUGUUGAAGAAAAUAUUGACGGAGUGCAGAAUUCGCCGCUUUUGUCUGUUCCUAUGUCGCUGAUGAUACAUAGAUUGUUUGAGGAUAACUUUGAUGGUUUUGGUGCAAGCAAUUCGCUAGAUUCAUUACAAGCAUCAUCAAUAAAGGACAUUGUAUUGAGUUAUUUACUCAAUGCUAAUACUCCAUCGACAGAAAGAAAUUCGCCCUUAGACUCAUGUACCAUCGAAAGCUUGCUGCGAAUGAAUGCGGCAAACGACAACGCAUUAACGCCGAGGCGUUACGUUAACGGACAGACUGCAUCCCGUCCUGAGCACGUAGCUGCGAAUAACAGCAGGCCAGCGUUUCCGAGCACCUCCAAUGGCUCUCCGCGCCCGUUUCCACCUCCAACGACCGCUGCCGGGCCGGCGGCUGUUGGGCCCACGCCGGGGCCGUCGACGGCGGGGGCGCCCACGCUGGCCGGGCCCGCGUCCGCCGGCGUCACGCCCCCCGCCUUCCCGCCGCCCUACCAGCACGCCGGGCCGCCGCCGGGGAUGCGACACCCCUUCCCUCCGGCGUACGGGCCGCCGCCUUCUGGCGCGGCCCCGCCGCCAAUGUUCGGCGCGCCGCAGCCCGGCCCCUCCUCGCAGCUGCAAACCAAUGGCCCUCCGGGUCCCAUGGUCCCCCCCGGCCCGCUUGGGCCCCAUGGCCCAGUGGGUCCGCCCGGACCCCACGGGCCGCUAGUCGCGGCGAACCCUAGGCAUGCCACGCCGCCCCCGCCGCCCAAUGGACAUUACAACCAGUACAUGAUGGGUUUCCAUCCACCCCAUUUUUUCCCACCAUAUCAAUAACCAAGAGCUCCGUGCCGCCCAAGUUUGGUCGACACGAGUCGUGUAUGGACAAAUACGAGUUUAGAGUCAAAUACUACAAGUACUGUAGAGUCAAAUACAAGUGCAAAAUCUAAAAAAAACGUGUGCUUGCGGAAGAGACUUCAAAAAAACAAAUGCGAAACAUAGUCAUAUUUAUGUAAGAUAACGUAAGGAAAACUAUAAUUUUAAGGAGCUGUACAUAAUUUGUAGCUAGGUAAGAUUUAUUUGUAGUGUAUAAAUAGAGAAUUAAGUUAUCUAUUAUAUUUCUUUUUUAAAUGUAUAAUAUUAAUGGCUGGUUUCUUAAAUGACAACUAUCCGUGUAUUCCAUGUAGUCACUCAAUAGAAGCUACAAUUUAAAUGGAACUGUUGUUAAAUGCUAGAUUGAGUACUUGUUGUACAACUUACCUUUUUAUUAUACAAUUAGUUUUCAUCAUCGAUGCUGCACUGAUAACCGUUACAGGACAGGGACAGCUAACAUAAUUUCAGCUCCCCUUUAAAAUAGAAAUAAAAUCAAUCAUGAUCUUUUAACAUAAAAGAGUGUUUGAAGUCGAUCGUAAAAUGCAAACCUUAUGUGUGCACUGACAAAUGCAUAGCAAAAGCCAACAAACAGUGUGGCUGUAAUCUCAACUGACUGAUGCAUAACGCUUAUGGUCGGAUAUUGGUUUACAAUCGCGCGUAACGAAGGCGAUUAAUAGGGUAGUUCCUGAAAAGCUGUAAUUUCAGCGCAUUUCAAAAUAGAGACAUACGCACAUGCUUUAAUUCUU